AUGGCACAUUCCUUAACCUCACUCGCUGUCUUCCAGAGCGUCAUCCGCAAAGAGAUGAUGAGGAGUUUGCAUGUGUACGGAUCUGUGGCGAUUGAGAGAGAGUUCUUGUUCGAAAAGAAAAGCCGUUAUGUGGAGAAGGAAGCGAAGCCGGUCUUGUUCGAAGGUCUCCGGCGGCCGGAGAUCUCGGAAGGCUCUCUCUUUGGCACGUGGCGAUGUAUUUUCUUGUUCCGGUUUAAUCACUCCCUUUCUCGGUUUCCUACUCUUCUCUGCCUUUCAAGAAACCCUAAGCUGGAGGACAUCCCUAAUCUGGCCAAUGACCUCAAGUUUAUUUCCGAGUUUAAACCAUCAAAGAUGUCUGACCAGCCUAAACCUAAACCUCGAAAGCUCGUCCUUAAACAAGAUCUUAACUGCCUUCCUAAUUCAGAAACUGAAUCCGAUGAAUCUGAAGAUGACCAACUUGAACAUUCGGAAUCAGAUGCUAAGACAGAGAUGUUGAAGAAGAAGAAGAGGACACCAUCGGAACAUAUUGCCGGACUUUCCCUGGAAGAUCUCUCCAAAUACUUUGGUGUUACUAUCGUGGAAGCUUCUCGGAAUCUCAAUGUCGGCCUCACUGUCUUGAAAAAGAAAUGCAGAGAGUUUGGGAUUCUCCGGUGGCCUCAUAGGAAGAUCAAAUCUCUCGACAGUCUCAUCCACGACCUUCAGGAAGAAGCAGAGAAGCAGCAUGAAAAGGACGAAGCAGCAGCAAUGGCUGUAGCUAAGAAGAAGAAGCAACUGGAGAGAGAGAAGAGAAAAAUGGUGAAGAGACCAGGCAUGGAGAUAGGGAUAGAAACUAAAAAGGUCAGGCAAGACAACUUCAAAAAGAGACACAGAGCUUCCAGAGCCAAGAAGAAUCAAGAAUCUCUUGUCCCUUCCUCUUCCAUCUAA